AAAAUUUUUGACUAGGGCCACUUGAAUGGGAAAAAAGCAAGAAUAUAGAGGAUAACACAGAGCCCUCUUUUGGUACCAUUUAAUGGAGUAUCAUCAGCAAAUGCUUUAAUUCCAGAUGGUUGCUCAUUCCUAAUAUCUUUUAAAUGGUUACAUGAUUCCAUUAUCAAACUUUUUGGCAUCUACCGUGGUUGAUUUAAAACUACCCUUGUCAACAUGAUUGCCAUUCCUAGAGCGAAUGUAAUAUCUUGUAGUGACUAAACUUCUAAAAAUUUACGGUAUGGAUUUAUGAAAUGCAGAUGUUUGAUGCUGGGAGGAAGAUAUGGACCACAAAAGAAGAAGAGGUGGAGGCAGCAAUAGAGGAGUUCAUAGGAAUCCUGAAGGUAUUGGAGGAUGAGCUUGGUGAUAAGCCAUACUUUGGAGGUGACACAUUUGGCUCUCUUGAUAUUACUUUGGUCUCCUUCUAUAGCUGGUUUUACACCUUUGAGACCUUUGGGGAUUUCAGUAUAGAGAGUAGGUUGCCAAAGAUUGGUUCAUGGGCCAAGAGGUGCAUGCAGAAGGAGACUGUGUCCAAGUCCCUUUGCGAUGAGAAGGUUGUCUACGACUUUGCUCUUAUGUUUAGGAAGAAGAUGGGCAUUGAGUAGGGUGUUCCUUGUAGUAUUGCUCGCCUGCUUGGGAUUUGUUGUAAGUUUAUCAGGCUAGGCACUAGGCAGAGUAGACUGGGCUUAAGCUAGACGUCUCAACCCAGGCUGGCCCAAAAAUUCAAGUGGGCCAUUUCCAAGCCCAAGCCUAGCCUGCAAGCUUGAUACAAGUUCCCACACUCGCAAGGAAUCUAAAGCACAUUCGUCAAAGUUAUUCUAUAUUUCUACAAGAAAAAGUUUUAAGACAUCUUAAACUUCUAUAGCCCAGGCCAAGACUCUGUGGCGAAUCUAUCAUGUUAUGAAUAUGACUAACUACAGCAUAAGCAGAUUCAUAAUGCUAUUUUGUAUCUCUUGGAGCUUUUUCUAGUGACAACAAAUCUGGUGUAAAUGAGUGAGAAAUGAUAAAAAUUUUCACUCAUCACAAUCUCAAUGUCCGUAAAUGACAGAUUGAUCAUUAAAAGAAAAGUUCUAUUACAAAUUAUUAAGGAACACAUAGAUAAUAUUGUGGUAUGUUAUCACAGUAGUAAGAAUCUUGUAAAAUUGGGAUUUAAAAAAAGAAAGUCACCAAGGAAACAAAAGUAAUGAUAUGAUGCGCAUAAGAACACCAAGGAAAUUAACGACGAAAAAGGGCAGCGUAAUUCGAAGAUGUGAUGCGGCAUGCAAAGAAACAAAAGAAAGACGAAGAAGAGCAAUAAACGAACCCAGACAUACAAUAAACAGGAAAAAUAGCAAAGCACAGUGACAGCGAACUGAGAGAUUGAAUCGUCAGACGGAACAGUAAACUAAAAGCCGAUAAAUACAAACGACAAAAAAGUAUAGUGACCCAAAACCCAGAAAUUGAAGCGCAAGACAGAGUAGCAAUGCUAAAUCCACGAAGAGAUGAAAACAACAAACGUACACAACGGGUGAGAAACCCCAAUCACCCGUGGGAAAAACAACCUCGAACAACACAAACAACCAUCAAAUAGAAUGGAAUUUGGGAGCGAUGGGAGUUUAGAGAGAAGAGAAGAGAUACUAUGAAAUAACCACAGGUGUGGAGAAAAGAGAUCAUCAAUCUACUCUAAACACUCGUGGGAUGUAGAGAACUUACUUGUAAGAGGAAAUAUGCGAGACGACGGGUGGUUGGAAAGAUUGAGAGAUCGUUUUGGCGAGUGUAACCGUAUUUAUACUACAACUUCUACAGCAACGGAAAAUUGGGGAAAAAAAAUCCUCCGCAGCUUCUACUGAAGCUUUCGUCGUUUUGGGUAUUUCGUCGUUAAUGGGAAGGAAGAGGCGUGCAGAGAUGAAGUGAAAGUAAAUUGAUGUCAGAGAUGCAUGUAUUAUUUUGACGGUCAUGA